GUGCGUGAAUUGGUAUAGAUGUUCAAGAAAAGUCAAAGAUGUGAACAUUAAAGUCAAAAUUGAUGUCUUUGGAAGCAUUCUCGAUUCUAAGUGAAACAGAUCUCUGGUAACCCUUUCAGAUGCCGAUCAUCAGAGCUCUGUUUUCUUUACCGUUUUUGGACUCGAUGAUAGAUCAAAAUAUGGUAAUUGGUCGAGUCCUAUGAGACUCGAAGUGGGUGCCAUCUCUUCCUAUGCUUCUUCUUCAUGCACCCCUCUCUCUUCCUUUGGGAUAUUUUUGCUGAUUUGUUGGAUCGAAGUGCAGGUAAGGGUUGGUGAUGAUGGUUGCGUAUGAACAAAUAUCCCCUAGUGGCCGGGCGAGGGUAAUCGGUUGUAAAGGAUAAUGGUGACGGAUAAAUCAUAGUAAUCAAGGGGAUGGAGAUAGGGCAUGUAUUUGGUUCCAUCUUGGUUAUGGUGGCUGAUUGAUCGUAGAUGUAUUUAUUACAGGUUUUAUAGAGUGGAGAUGGAGAAUGGUUUGUGGUUUGGUAGUGGAUUGAAAUGAGGAAUAAGGAUCGUGUUUGGAUGUGUGAUGGUGAAGAUGAAGACACUGGAAAGUGCUGAUAAGGUGGUUUUUUUAGUGGCGAAUUGAAGCUAUAAUCAGGAAAGGGGGAAGGAGGGUACUCGGGUGAUUGUGUUGGAUUUGAUGGCUGGAUGGUGGUUCCAGUAAAGAAGGUGGAGGAUAGCGAUGAUGUUUAUUAAAUAUGAUGAGAAAGAAAGAAGUGAGAAUACAGACAGGAAAGAGGGUGGGUAACUAGUUUAGUUAUUUUAAUGACAUGGCUAUAAAAAUUUAAUUAUUAAUGCCACAUCAAUAUUUUGCUACCAGGUAACCUGUUGAAUUCCAACAAAAUUGCUUAAUUCACAGGUUAUAAAUGAGUUUAAUGGUCUGUUAAGCAAGAAAAAAAAAUUUAGUGAUCAAAUCGGACAAACAACAAAAGUUUAUUGCGUUAAAGUGACAUUCUCCCCGUUAUAUGGGUGUUAAUUAUUUUUAAACAUUUACAUAUUGAUUAUCUAACUCCUGUUUAUGUCUUUUUUGUGAUAAUUAUUAUUCUGUAACAAAGUUACUUUUAAAUAUUAUUUUUUUCAUGUAAAAACAAAACAUUUUGGAAGUAGAUUUAUGUUUUGUUAGAGAAAAGGUUAUGGAUGGAAUUUUGGAGAUUUAAUUUGAAAAUUAGUUCAACUUUUCAAAAUGUAGAUAUCUUUACAAAAUCUUUGAUUUACACUCAACAUAAUUUUUUAGCAAAUCGACUCGGCUUGUUAGAACCUCUUUUAAAACAUGAUGAUAAUAUUUUAAGUUUGAGAGUGGGUUUUGAGAAAUGAUGUUUUUUAUUAUUACAAACUUAACAUAAAACAUUCAAUAGUUUGUUAUAGUUGGCUUUUAUUAUUUAUUUUGUUAUUAUGCAGGUACUAAUAAAAUGGAUAGAAAGUGUAACAUUUCAAUUAAUACUGGGGCUUCUGGUAAAUAGAGAUAUUUUGUGUAGCUGUAUAUAAAAUGACUUCCGUAUGGGAACAAUACCCAAACAGGUUAGGUGUAGAUCUCUCAUUUUCUCUCUGUAAGCCGUUCACUUGUAUUCUAUAAAAUUUGAGACUUGAGAGACUGAUUGUUCUUGUAGAGAGAUUUUCAUGUAUUGGUAUGAUGUUUAACAAUCUGAUUCCUUUUUAAAUGAACUAAUUAAGUUAGGAAUUUGUGAGUUUCUUCCGGUUUUAGACUUAUUCUAUCUAAAGUCAACUCUCACGUCGCUAUGUCGCCUCUUAUUUUCUAUCCGGCUUGAAGAGGCUAUCACUAUUCGCAUCUGUCUAAGCUCUUUAUCUCGCACUCUCGUCGUGAAUGCCCAGUGCAAUUCAACAUUUUAGUCAAGGUUUUGAAAUUGAACCUAAAGCAUCUUUUACAAGCUGUCAAAUGGAACAAAUUUUGAAGUUGGGUCCCAAAAAAAUGAAAGGAAUAACAUGGGAUGACGGUGGCAAGAGUAAACUCAUGCAAAUUCUAAUUUCAUAUGGAAAAAAUACGGUCUAUUCGAUCCAGUUUGUGUAUGCUGUAAAUGGGGUAAUGCGUCCUUCAGCAAUUCAUGGAAAACCCUAUGGUUCAAAAUUUGAUAUUGUGAUGUUUGAUGAGCAAAAAGGAGAGUAUUUGACUUGUGUAAGUGGUCAAUAUGGAAAAAAGAAAUUAGGUUCAAUUACAUUUGGCACCAACAAGAGUACGUAUGGACCCUACGGAAGUACUCUUAAGAGUUCGGAUCCGCAGUUUGUGUAUAAGUUCAUACCUGCGCUUUCGUUUGGGGGAUUUCAUGGUAGUGUUUACAAGUCGUGUCUGUGUUCCAUUGGAGUCUAUGUUAGGCCCCUUGGAUUGAAUGUUGAACCUGAUAAAGGUGAUGAAGAUGCAUGAUCAAAGUACUAUUUGUUCAUGAUGGAUGGGCUAAAAGUAGCAAAUUGGCUUUAUAAGUGAAAAUGGGCAACAUGUUGUAUCUUGUUAUGACACCAACUUUUUUUUCCAUUUUAUAAUUUAUUUUUUAUUUA